CUUCUCCGACUCCCGAGGGAAAGUUUGUUUACAUUGAAUGGUACUAGCGGUUUACCGUUUUGUCCAUAUCUAUGUUCACGCGUCAUCAGUUCGCGAUAGGCUACUAUUCUCUGUUAUCAUGGCAAACUAUAUCACGUAGCAAACUAAACUUUGAUUUAAAAUCAAAUUCGUGAAAACUCUAGUGCAUAUCUUUUAUUCACAUGAAAGGACUGGAACAACAGUUAUAAAAUUCAUUGCUAUGACACCAACAGAAAGCCCUUCAGGCGGGGAAGUUUCAUUUGAUAACUUAUAUCCAGCUCUAAUAGAAUGUUUCGCUGUGAUUCUUUGUGGGUAUGUGGCGGGAAGAUUGAACAUAAUCUCAGCCACAGAAGCCAAAGGAUUGAAUACUUUCGUAGGAACCUUUUCUUUACCAUCUCUUAUUUUCAUGUCUAUGGCUACACUUGAUCUUAGCUCAGUUAAUUGGGAAUUUUUACUUGCCAUUCUUUUAGCAAAGACAUCGGUUUUCCUUGUGGUUCUUGUGAUAACACUACUUGUCACAAGACCUGUUGACAUGUCAAAAUCAGGGCUCCUUGCAAUUUUUUGUACCCAGUCUAAUGAUUUUGCAUUAGGCUAUCCAAUUGUAGCUGCCCUUUACAGCCAAUCACAUCCAGCAUACCCUAGUUAUUUAUACCUGAUGGCACCAAUAUCAUUGGUAAUUUUGAAUCCUAUAGCAUUUCUUUUCAUGGAAUUGGGGAAGCGUAGAGCAGAGAUGAUGUCUCUAGCGCUUAAUCCCAUGAAUGAUUCCAGUAAUUCUAACAGGCAGAAACCAGAGUCAACAAGUUACUUAAUUUUAAGCAUCCUAGUUAAAGUCCUCUUCAAUCCCGUUGUUUUCAUGACGACCCUUGGUAUUGUGGGGAAUCUGGUUUUCCAUCAGCAAUUACCAAUUGUUCUUGAAGGAAUUUUAAAGGUGUUCGGAAGUGCGUUCUCUGCAGCCGCACUCUUUCUUCUGGGAUUACGAAUGGUUGGUCAAAUGCAUCAGUUUCAGGGCGCCAAUCUCGUAAUACCUUGCAUCUUAAUUUGUGUUAAAUGCUUGGUACUUCCUAUAGUUACCAGAGAGUUCGUUGCCAUUAUUGAUGCCGGCGCCGAUGCUAAUGAAACAGUAGACCUCUCUAAUUUCGGUUUCCUGUAUGGAACAUUCCCAACGGCUCCGGGAGUAUUUGUGUACGCUACACACUUUGGCGUGGAUGUGGAUCUAGUUGCCAGUGCAGUGACUGCCGGAACUUUUCUAUCGGCCCCACUUAUGUUCAUUUCUGCCAAAAUGUUGACUCUAACCAAUUUGAGUCCAUCCAACUACAUUCAAGAUUUAGAUUCGUUCCUUUUCGAUAUCAGCAUUAUCAGUCUCAUAGCCACGGCGUGGGUGAUAGGCAUUUUCAUUGUCGGAAGGAAAUGCAAUAAGAUUCCUCAUUUCUUCACUCUCUGUUUAGUUAUUUCUCAAUUCCUGGGAUGUUUUGGCGUGAUUUUGUGGUCCUCGCUUGGGUGUUGUGAGAAAACUUGGCAGCUUUACUUGCAGUUUAUCUUCAUAUCCUUAGGAGUUUUCGGUUCACGUUUGUGGACCGCGCUACUUGCCCUCUCUCUUUAUUUCCUCCGUACUCGCAGUUUGUGCUUCGUCCUCAAACUAAGACCAUGGUUUGUCGGCAUUGGCUGGGGUAUUCCUGCUAUAAUUGCAACCGUUCUACUCUCAACUGUCGACACGGAAACUGAUCACGCUCAGAAAUCUGACCCUAAUUUUCAAUACGGUCAAACGCAAGCGAUUGUGGCAGUUGUGAUUCUUAUUUCAUCGUUCCUAGUUACCGUAACCAGCCUUAUCAUGCAGCAGCGAUAUGGGAAGAAAUACAAUGAAUACCAGUCACUUCGUAUAGAUGACGAAUCGGAUCACGCUAGUGAUCCAGUCCCAACGCAAUCUACCCCUCCUGUUUUAGACAUUGAAGACUUUGGGCAUAUUUUACGGAGAAACGGGCGCGCAAGACAACCAGAGGAGACGACGGGUCUCUUAAACCCGGAGAUAAGUGCAGCAGAGGAUUUACCCAACGCAUCGUCUACUGAUCUAUAUUCCGCUAGCGACGCAGAAGGAGGUGCGACAGAAUUUUGUUCUUCUCCAAACUGUGACGUUACUAAACAACAGCAGUGCGUGCAAAUAGUUAAGCGCUACAAUUCAUCGCCUUCGGAACCAGAGGAAGCGAUUUCUCCCAGCGAUCCACACGAGGAGUAUCAGAUCCUUCGGCACAUUGUGCUCUUACUUAUCCUUUCCUGCUCGAUGUUUGUCGGUAUCGCUCUUUGUAUGUGGACCAUCAUUGUAGAAAGAGUUAGUGGUAUUUACCUAGAGCUGCUCUUCUUUGACGGCGUUUUAAACUAUGGACAAGGGUUUUUGGUCUGUAUGAUAUUCGGCUUCGACAACAAACUGAUUGUGUCGCCGAUAAUGAAGAGGUGGCGUCAAUUCUGGGACGGAGCGAAAUCUUUGGGUCUACCUCACUCUGAUGCCAUCAGUCCUGAAACCAAAUUAACUUGUGAGCAGUUCCGCACCUAUCACAUGAACAAGUGCAUCGCAGAUCUUGUUCGGGACAAACGGAGACGUUUGAAAACGUACCGAAGCGUGUUCGUUGGAUCAGACCUGGUGAAUUGGUUGAUCAUGGUUGGUCUUGCUCGUGACAGAUUGGAAGCCCAACGUUAUGGACGUCAUUUGGUUGACGGUCGUGUCAUCAAACAUAUUAAAAGCGAGUAUCACUUCCACGAUCAACCCUACUUCUACACCUUCUUAACUUCAGAAAACACAAGCAACGUAUCAUCUUAACUGAAAUUCUAGCAAGUCUGAAUCUCCAGGUAACAAACGAAAGAAAUGGAUUUAAAUCUUUUAUGGUUAUGACAAUUACGUGUAUUUCGCUAAAGCGAAAAAUAACCGUAACCGUACACCUAGUGAUAUGUAAUUAUUAUAAACCAAUUAAAUAUGGAAAGUUUAAACAACGGAUUUCUGUAAACACGUAUGAAGGCCACUUUGAGCGAUGGAAAAAGGCACCAUCGUAAAAAAAAGACUUGGCAGUAAUUUCAAGUCGAAUUACGAAAAUAAAGUGAUUACGAAAA